AUGGCGGUGCGAGGGCCUUCUUGGCUGCUGGGGCCGCUGGGGCCGCUGUUGGUGAUGGUGAUGGUGGCGGUGCCGCUGUUGGUGGUGAAUUUGGGGAUGGUGCAUGGUUGGGAGGAGAGAGAGUUGGGCACGGUGGCCUUGGCUGGGGGCAUCACGCCGCCAGGGGUCAUCAACUUGGAUGAGCAUACUUUUGACAAGGUGGUCGGGGCGGAUGUGGACGUACUGGUCAAGUUUGACUGGGCGUAUUCGCAUGGGGAGCUUGAGGAUGCGUUUCGAACCGUAGCCAUACAGCUGGCUCCAACCUCCGUGUUGGUGGCUCAAGUGUCCUUUGCGCAUGGGGUCGGCCCAAAUGACGCCGACAUGAAUCGAAACGUGAACCGGUUGGUCCAACGCUUCCAGCUCAACACCGAGGCAUUCCCCAGCUUUUAUGUGUUGCCAAAGGGAAGCCGCCCCCCUUUGAAUCUGACGGACGACGUGUCGGUGGAAGCAUUGCUGCGCCUUGUGCAGGCGGGCACAGCGCAGUGGCUCGCCCUGCCAGGUUGUAUCCAGCCCCUUGAUGAGCUCGCAAAGCGUGUUGCGCAGGGCAUUCUCAGUCCCAUAGCUGCACUGGCGGAGCUGGAGACCCUGGAUGAAUCCACCGUGCAGUCACCGCAAGCCAUUGUCUACCGUCAAAUUCUGACGCGACUGGCGGCGCAGGGCCCCACCUUUGUGGCACGCGAGCUGGCUCGUGUUCAGCGUCUCUUGCGUGGACGCUCCACACCAGCGCAGCCAGAACGCUUUCAGCAGCGCCUCAACGUGCUGUGCUCCUUCUUAGCCGCCCCCACCACAGGCGUGCCGUGA